AUGGCUGCCAGUGAUGCUAGUUACCAUGUUCUGGAACUUAUUGGGGAAGGAUCUUUUGGUAGAGUUUACAAGGGGCGAAAAAAGUAUAGUGGCCAGGUUGUUGCACUUAAGUUUAUACCAAAGAAAGGUCGCUCAUCAAAGGAUCUCACCAACUUGCAGAGGGAAAUUGACAUUAUGCGUACAUUACAUCAUCCGAAUAUUAUAGCUCUCCUGGACUCAUUUGAAACUACAGAUGAGGUGUGUGUUGUGACAGAAUAUGCUGAGGGAGAAUUGUUUCAAAUAUUGGAAGAUGACGGUAACUUGGUUGAGGAUCAGGUGCACGAGAUUGCCGUUCAGUUGGUUAAUGCUUUGUUCUACCUACAUUCUCAUCGUAUUCUUCAUCGGGAUAUGAAACCGCAAAAUAUCCUAAUUGGCAAAGGAGGGGUUGUUAAACUCUGUGAUUUUGGGUUUGCCCGUGCAAUGAGCAUCAAUACUUUGGUAUUAACUUCAAUAAAGGGCACCCCACUGUACAUGUCACCAGAACUAGUGGAGGAAAGACCUUAUGAUCACAAUGCUGACUUAUGGUCCCUUGGUUGUAUACUGUAUGAGCUGUUUGCGGGCACGCCGCCAUUUUAUACCAAUAAUAUAUUUCAACUUGUCAAUCUUAUAUGCAAGGACAGUGUAAAGUGGCCUGCAGAAAUGUCACCAAAUUUCAGGAGCUUUUUACAAGGGCUGUUAACCAAAGAUCCACGGAAACGAUUAACCUGGCCAUAUCUGCUGCGUCACCCUUUUAUUGCAGAUGAUAUUAAUGAAGAGGACUUUCAAGAACUUCCCUUAACACCAGAAGAGUUUGGAAAAUUACAGAAAUCUGAAGAGAACAAGAAAAUUGAAUUAGAAAUGAAAAAAAAAACUGGGGACAAGAAACCGACAUGGGUGGAAAGACUACAGCAGCAAACACAGGAGAAGAAGAAAGUGCAGAAGAAAGAAUCUGGUCAGACACAGGACAGCAAGGAUAAUGGUAGGAAGAAAAGUGCAGGAAAUAAGAAGGAAAGAAAUGGAAAGAAGAAUAGUCAAGUCACAAGAAGUAAAAAGGAAUCAGGUUCUGAAAAAGAAAAGAUUGAAGAGAAGGGUCGAAUCAGCGAAGACUACGAUCGGGAAAUGGAGAUUACAAAUAAAGUGAAAGAAGGGCUUGUAAAGCAUGCCAGUGGACCUUUAAUACAAGAUCAGGAUUUGGAGAGUGAUGAGGAAUGGGCAAACCUUGUUGAAAUCACAAACGAGGAGUUAAAUCUUCGGGAACAAGGUGUGAAGAUUGAGUAUCCAUUCCUAGAAAGGCUCGCUGAGAAUUCUGAAUUUCUUGGAAAAAUGGCCGCCGGAUUUCGUUCUGCCGAAGAUGAAGUUCUCAAAGGCAUUCUGGAAGGAGCUUCAAAGUUCCGUCAAAUUAUUAAACUCUUUGGAAACAUUUUACGUUUACCUGGCUUGGCUGGCCAAAAGUUAGAGUUCUGUGUUGCAGUGGGGUUACCUAAGAAAUGUGUGACAGUUUUGAGCGAUCUCAUCUCGACUGAGUUCAUCAAGCUGCCCUGGUGUAUUGAGGUCUUAACCGAUUGCGUCACGCUUUUUUGGACAUUUCUUGAAGAGUGUACGAUGGAACCAUCCGAGCAAACGCCAUUCCGUACUCUUGGUGAAAUAGCAGUUCAUUAUGUUUCCAUUCUUCCGAAGUUAGUGGCUCUGGAUUACGAUGGGCGACUCCAAGAUACCGUAUUGAAUUGUUUCGCAGCGUUGUGUGAAAAAGGUGACUCUUUGAUGUCGGUAUUUACCGAUUUCUACAACAAUAUAAUCACAACAAACAUUCAGGUCGUGGACUGUCUUAUCAACUCUCUCGGCUCACACGGCGUUCCUGUUAAAGAUCAUUCUUCAACCAUCACUGCUAUGACAGCGCUUAUUCACCGAGGUACAGAUGAAGAAGAGAAUUACAAACAGAUUCUUACUCAAUUUCUUGUCCAAAAGCUUCUGUCACCAAAGUUUAAGAAACAGCUAUCUUCACUGCUCUCCCUGCAACGAGUGAAUGACUUAAGAACACUUGCUUUCCUCUGCAAGGUGUGCGAGGAUUCAAGAGAGAUGUGUGUGGCACUUGUGAAUCAAGAGGAGUAUAUGAAGACAUUAGGGGUGAAUUUUCAUAAGCUUGCUACGCAGUCAGGGUCAACAGAUUUGGUGGAUCUUGAAGAAUGGAUUUUACACGUCACAGUGUUGUGGUGCAUAUUGAAGUACCAUCAGCAGGAUAUAUCUCAACAGUUGUCAAUUUGUGGCGACCUUUUAAUCGAAUUGUUUCUUAACUCCGGCAACGUUUUAUUCAAAAUUACAACCUCGUUUUUGUUCCAAACCUUGUUCCCAGAAUGCCUGGAUGUGUUUAACCAAUCACAGGACGACAUUCUUACCGCGAUACUGGUUACCAUCACAAGUAUGCCCAAGGUGAUACAUUUUCCAUUUUGUCGCAUUGGUCUAUGUGAUGGAGUCAUUCAUCUUCUCGACAGCAUGCUGUCGCAGGAAUCUUCAAGUCUCAAUGCAAGUGACGUCGUAUCAAGUGGAAUAUGGGAUGCAUUGUGGUAUAGUUUAUCAGUAACUAUGGAAACGUCGUCUUCGCUUGAAGACUGCGAUGCAAUCUCGAACGGGGAAAGAUCUCAAGUGUUAUCAGUCAACUGGACCUUCCUAUCUCCCCAGGGUCUGUCGACCUUGUUGGAGUUUUCUUGCAGAAUGUUUGCUAAGUAUCCUUUGGUAUCGGUGUCAAGUUUGGUGAGCUCAUCUAAUAAGACUAUACACGUUCUUUCCUUGUGGUUAUCGAAAGAUUUCUUGCUGUAUUUUAAGAGAAGAUUAUAUGCUGAGGAAUCGCCGGAUGAGGACACUGUGGUUUUACAAUUUGUAAACAAGAUCCUUCAGAUAUUCUGUACGCCAUUUGCAAUGGAAAUCGAGGAAUCUCUUCUACAUGAUUUACAAAGUCUAUUUUAUGAAGUACAAGUUAUGGAAUGUUUGCUGGAUCUUCUGGCCAACGUCUUAUAUCCAGACAAUAUGGAACUUGCUUUAGGUUUUGUGAUGCGUCUUGUGUUGAGCGAUUUAAUGUUUGUCAGUCAGUUCUCAAAAACAGUUGCAAGACAACAGGCUGAAUGGUUGCUUGAAUCGCUGCUCUCCUCAGACCAACCAGACCAUAUUAUACUCGACACUCUAUCAAUUUUCAGUCACAUGGCUAGAUCAUCCGUUCAUCAUGUUGAACUAAUCUCAUCAAUACUGAAAGGCGAACAAGGUGACUAUGGAACAGUACAGUUGUUAUUAAGCCACAACAGUAUUGCUGUUUGUGCAAAAACGUGUGGAAUGAUUGGAAAUUUACUAAAGAAAUCUGUUGCAUUCUUUCCAGCUUUAAAGAAAAACUCCAUCAUGAGCUUGAUCAACAAUAACCUACAACACGAAGAUGAUGAUAUCAGAAAGGCGUCUAGUUACAUCAUUGGAAACGCUGCGUUCCACGGCGACUCCUUAUAUAGUACGCUGUCACAAAGUAUUCCACUUCUUUUGCCACUGCUAUCUGAUCCACUGCCCCGAACAAGGUCCAAUGCAGCAGGAGCUUUAGGAAAUCUGGUUCGCAAUUCACCAAUACUUUGUUCUAAUUUGCUGGAGUAUCAUGUGCCUGAGAGUUUACUAGAUGUAGCAUGCAAUGAUGGCUGCAAUGAUGUGAGGGAAGUGGCUUUGGUCUCUUUGAGGUUGCUUUGCAGAAAUCAUUCAUGUCGUGAGAAACUGCUGGCAUGCAAAAUUCAACAAAGGUUGCAAGGAGUCCUUCAGCAUUCUCGGCAGUCCUCAAGUAGUUUUCAUUGCAACAGCCUGCCAUCUACACCAAGCUCAACAGCUACGACAGAAAGUAAUGUGUCUGAACAUUGUGUCAGAAUAUUAAAGAAACUAAAAACUCAUUCAAGGUAGAAAAGUAAUACAGGUGUGAUGAUUGUGUGAUAUUCAAAGUUUUGCAGUUCACCAGACUACAUUUUGGUGAUAUGGCAAAAUUGAAAAAGUACACGCUGCGAAGGUGUAAAACUCCUAGUUACAUUAAUUAGGGAAAACUAUAUGUAGAUAUU